AUGGCGGCCAUUAUGGGAUUACUACCAAUGCUCCUUUUAUUGGGGAAUACCUUGGCGGAGGAAACCGACGAGUCGGAAGAAACGCCGGAGUCGAGAAGUGAAUGGGGCCGGGAGUACGGAGACUACAACUUUGCCGGGGAACUCUUUAACCGUGUGGGCGAUAUCUUGGCCGACGACCAGGACUUUGUGGUUUCACCGCUGGGGGUUUCGCAGGCCCUGGGACUGCUCCUUUUCGCCGUGGGUCCACAGUCGGCGGUAGAAAUCGAUGGUGUUUUAUAUCCGAAAACAGAAAAUGCGACUGGUCUAGCUCCGCGUCAUCUUCUGCAGAGCGGCGAGUUGACUUACGCAACCGUGGCUGCCUUGCGACCGGAUAUUUACAUAGAUCCCGGAUUCCUUAAGGAAGCUGCAGAGCUGGACUCCUACGUUUACAGGACCCACUUUGGCCAACGGGAUAUCAAGCCUUUUAAUGCGUUUCUUAAACAUAAAACUCAAGGGAAAAUCAACGUUGGUCUGGAGAAAUCACUAGGCGACUAUAAUCCAGCCAACCGCCUGCUAUUCUUCAAUGUUCUGGACUUUAAGGCGCAGUUCCGGUACGGCUUCCACAUUGAGAAACGAGUUCUGGUUGCCAGAAGGACCCUGGCAUGGCACGGAUUUAUCCCGGAGCUGAGGACCCGAGUCGUGGCCUUGGGUCUGAAGGAGUCCAGUGCCGACCUGUUGAUCCUGCUGCCAAUGCGUAAGGCCAGCAUUUACAUGGUGGAGCGUAAGUUGCGGACCGUGGAUGUGCGAAAGCUACGCAGCCGAUUGAACAUCACCCUGAUGAACAUCAGUUUGCCAAAGGUCGACAUUAGCCAGCUUCUGAAUUUACGAGAGCCCCUGAGGAAGGCGGGCAUGACUACGGUCUUCAACAAAACAACGGCCGAUCUGAGCGCCUUCAAAACGGAGCUGCCACUGGAUGAUGUUAUAGCUUUCACCAAAAUUAACAUCUUUAGUCAGGGCAUCAAUGCGGGAUCUGAAAAUACCACCAAUAGUGAACAAAGUGCCCAGCUGGAGGCGGAUAGCUUUAGGGCCUCUGUCCAGGAGGAGAAACCACUGCAGUUCGAGGCCCUGAGGCCGUUUAUUUAUGCGGUACUGGACUCGCGACAUGUCUACCUAAUGGGUCGCCAUUUCCCGACCUUGUAA